GAUUAUCUGCGCCUAUAUCAAAAGCCCCGUCCUUCGUUUGUGACACUGACAACGCUGCGACAUUGACGUUGUCACCCGCCAUUCUUAUGGGAAGCACGCUCCACACGAUUCGUACCAGGUUCGUCGACUGCGCCUAGGACAUGUCUGGCCCAGAAUUAAAAAGAGGUUAUUGCAAUUGUGACGGGCACCGUCGCCGGAGUAUUUUUGUAGCUCGAACGCAGCGAUGCAGCUACAUCGAGCUCAAUUAGCAUGCCGAAUACCAUCGGAGUGGACGAUAAAGGACACCUUGCCGACAGAUUUCGGACGCACGUCACAACUCCUCAGCUCGCUCCGACUAGAUGAUCACGUGAUGUUCCCGUUCCGACGAUCUUCGGAACACUCCAAGCAAUAUAAAAGUCGGUUGUAUUUCUGGCAUACAAGAGAGGUACGAAGCUGGGAUCUCAGUUAUACCCUCCUCGAAAGCAUACAGAUUCUCGUCUCAACAUGUCCUCACCAUCCGCCCAACGAGAAAACGUUUCCUUUCUCUCUCGCAAUCUCAAACUAGCAGCACACCUUUACCACCCCGGGCCAAACUCUCCCAACCGCUCCGGCGCAGCCAUUGUUAUCUGCCACCCAUGGACGUCUAUUAAGGAGCAAUCUCCAGCCAAUUACGCAUGCGUUCUCUCGGCAGCAGGAUUCAUCUGCCUCGCCUACGACGCUGCCUAUCAGGGCGAAUCUGAGGGACUUCCGCGCUCGCUCGAAGACUCCUAUCAUCGCGUCGAAGACAUCAAAUCAGCAGUGACAUACCUCAUCGGCCGCAAAGACGUCGACUCAAACAAGAUUGGCGUGCUGGGCAUAUGUGCCUCAGGCGGCUAUGCGCCCUUUGCCGCUCAGACCGACCUAAGGAUCCGCGCUGUCGCUACAAGCGCAGCAGUCUGCGUAGGCACUAUGGCUCGCCGCGGGUACGACAAAGAUUCGUCGAACAUGGACGUCCUGAAACAGCAGCUCGAAGCCGCAGCCGCAGACCAGAACUCCGACGUUACCGGCGCCCCCGUUGACGCCAUCCACAUGCUUCCGGACAAGCUCGAAGAUGCGGCGUCUCUCCCUCCCUCCUUCCAAGACCUCGCGCAGUAUUACCGCAAACGGCAACCUCACGAGCGCGCACCGAAUACCUGCCUGCCCAGGAGCUGGGAUAUCAUGGCGAACUUUGAUGCCUUCGCUCACAACUACAUGAUUAGUCCGCGGCCUUUACUGAUGAUCACCGGCACAAAGGCUGCUACGAAGUGGUAUAGCGAGGAUGGGAUUGCGAAGGCCAAAGACCCAAAGGAGCUGCUUGUUAUUGAGGGACUGACGCAUGCAGACCUCUAUGAUCACGUUGAUGAGGCCGGGAAGAAGUGCGUGGAAUUCUUUGGAAAGUAUCUUACGUCGGUCUGAGGAAAAGAACUAAUUAAAUGACUCAUUGCUUCUGGCAAAUCUAUCGAUCGAGCAAUUACUGGUGAUUAGGGAGUAGCCCAUGUGUCCAAAAUUAUGUGUCCGGCACUGUGGAAGAC